GUUUUUGAAGAAACAUGGCACUUGCAGCACACCUGAAGCAAGAUGACAUUGCUGCAGCUAUCCAGGCUUGUCAAGCCCCAGGGACUUUCAACUUCCAGGCGUUCUUUGAACAUGUGGGCCUGCUAGGUAAAGCUGCUUCCGACGGGGAGAGGGUGUUCAAGGCCCUGGACCAGGACAAGAGCGGAUUCAUUGAAAAAGAGGAGCUGAAACGCUUCCUCCAGAACUUCUGCCCGAAGGCCAGAGAGCUCACAGAGGCCGAGACCAACACUCUCCUGGCAGCUGGAGACAGUGAUGGAGACGGCAAAAUUGGCAUGCAAGAAUUCUGCGCCUUGCUGAAAUGA